AUGGAAAUUCUCAGAAGAGAAGCGGUAGUUCGUGCUCUUUUCGGAUGUAAACGGAAAAAUAUCAUGGGGACGACUGCGAUGCGAUGCGAUGCACCUCACCACGCACAGCUGUCACCUCCCGAACCACCACCGUCACCUCGUCGGCAAGGACGAGUUACGACCACGCCUCCUCUCACGUCUACGACGCUUUGCCGCGAACAAUAA